GGUCACGUGACCCGCCCGAGCCCGCUUCACGUGGUCGCGAGCUGCGCUGGGGUUGGAGUCUCCGCAAAGGGCGGGGCGGGACCGGUGAAGUUUUUUCCCCUGGGGCCCAGGAGCCCCAGCUGCUGCCGCGCAGGUGCCCUCGGCCUGGGUCCGGAUGGAGCUGCCUGCAGUGAACCUGAAGGUGAUUCUCCUAGGUCACUGGCUGCUGACAAUCUGGGGCUGCAUCGUGUUCUCGGGCUCCUAUGCCUGGGCCAACUUCACCAUCCUGGCCUUGGGCGUGUGGGCUGUGGCUCAGCGGGACUCCAUCGACGCCAUAAGCAUGUUUCUGUGUGGCUUGCUGGCCACCAUCUUCCUGGACAUCGUACACAUCAGCAUCUUCUACCCGCGGGGAAACCUCACGGACACGGGCCGCUUCGGCGCGGGCAUGGCCAUCCUCAGCUUGCUGCUCAAGCCGCUCUCCUGCUGCUUCAUCUACCACAUGUACCGGGAGCGCGGGGGUGAGCUCCUGGUCCACACUGGUUUCCUUGGAUCUUCUCAGGACCGUAGUGCCUACCAGACGAUUGAUUCACCAGAGGCACCCGCAGAUCCCUUUGCAGUCCCAGAGGGCAGGGGUCAAGAUGCCCGAGGGUACUGAAGCCAGCCACGCUGCCUCCAGCCCCACCCCAGGUUCUAGGGAUGCUCCUGACCUCUAUCUCUGGGACCUAAGAUGGAAUGUGUCUCCAGCCCACGGGUUACCUGAACCAAGUGCCUUGAGAGACCAGGAGCCCCCAUGGGCCACCCAGUACACACACUCCUGUCUCAAACUCCCUGAGGCCUCCCUCCCUUCAGGGCACCCGCUGGUUCCCGGGUUGGAAUGAAAAUCUUUCUUCACCUCCUACUCCAUCAAGGCACCACACAGGCCCCCAGCUGAGUCCUGCAUGACUGUGGCAGGCUCAGGCCUUUAAGUCCUGGUGAUGUCUGUUUGUUGGGCUUUGGGGGAAGCCCUAGAGCUUCAGGUCUGCUCAGCCCAGGAGCAGUCUGGCAUGGGAGUGAGGUCCUGUGCUUCUCACUGCCUGGUCAUGUGGUGCCUAGCGAUACAGGGCUGGAGGCCAGAGGCAUCAGCAACACUGACCCACCACAGCCUCCAGCCUCCCUUUUUGGAGCCACAGCAUUAAAGUUUGGGGAGUUCUGUA